AAGGUCAUCAUGAGGAUCCUGCAGAGGCCUCAUGAUCAGAGUGGAAGACCAGCCCCUUGGAAGACAAGCCCCCAGGCUUGUCCCCAGAAGGAUCUGGAUUUGCCUGGGAAGGCGGCCGAAGCCUCAGUGCUCUCCCGGGCCCACGGCUGCCCACCCCCGCGAGGCCGAGGCUAUGGAAAAGUUCCGCAUGUUCUUCCAGCACUUCCAGUCCAGCUCAGAGUCCGUGAUGAAUGGCGUCUGCUUGCUGCUGGCCGCGGUCACGGUCAAGAUGUAUUCCUCCUUCGACUUCAACUGCCCCUGCCUGGCGCGCUACAAUGCCCUCUACGGCCUGGGCCUGCUGCUCACACCCCCGCUCGCCCUCUUCCUCUGCGGCCUCCUUGCCAACCGGCAGUCCGUGGUGAUGGUUGAGGAGUGGCGCCGGCCUGCGGGGCAGCGGAGGAAGGAUCCGGGCAUCGUCAGGUAUAUGUGCUCCUCUGUGCUGCAGAGGGCACUGGCCGCCCCCCUCGUCUGGAUCCUCCUGGCCCUCCUUGAUGGGAAGUGCUUCGUGUGUGCCUUCAGCAGCUCCGUGGACCCCGAAAAGUUUCUGGACUUUGCCAACAUGACCCCCAGCCAGGUGCAGCUCUUCCUGGCCAAGGUGCCCUGCAAGGAGGAUGAGCUGGUCAGGGACAGCCCCGCUAGAAAAGCAGUGUCCCGCUACCUACGGUGCCUGUCCCAGGCCAUCGGCUGGAGUCUCACCCUGCUACUGAUCAUCGUGGCCUUCCUGGCCCGCUGCCUGAGACCUUGCUUCGACCAGACAGUCUUCCUGCAGCGCAGAUACUGGAGUAACUACGUGGACCUGGAGCAGAAGCUCUUCGACGAGACGUGCUGUGAGCAUGCGCGGGACUUCGCCCACCGCUGCGUGCUGCACUUCUUCGCCAGCAUGCAGAGUGAGAUGCGGGCGCGCGGGCUGAGCCGGGACGCCGCGGGCAGGGGCCGCGAGCCACCUGAGAUGCCCAGCGGCCUGGACGGCGACGGAAGCAGGAAGGCCCACCUGCGGGCGGUUUCCAGCCGGGAGCAGGUGGAUCGCCUCCUGAGCACGUGGUACUCCAGCAAACCGCCGCUCGACCUCGUGGCAUCCCCGGGGCUCUGGGCGCGUGGCCUCAACCAUCGCGUUCCCACAGUGGCCCCAGGCACCAGGCUGUCUCAGCAUACUGAUGUGUAGGGACCCCAGCAGUGUCCCCAUGUGAAAUCCCCGCGCUGGCAACGGCCUGGGGGUUUCCAGGUUGUGGAGAUGCUGAGGCAGGACAACCUAACCCUUGCUGGCAUGCUUCCUCAAAAUAGCCCAGUCUCUGGCCCACUUUCAGGGUGUGGCCUCCCGUGUGCUCUAAAGCAGUGCUUGGCAAACUUUAGGCUGCUCACUGUUCUCCCGAACUCUUGCUAAAUGCAGUUUCUGAUUUGGUGCGUCUAGGAUUGGGUCCAAGACUGCCCUUCUGUCAGGUUCCCAGGGGAUACUGAACUUGUGAACUAGCAAGAGUCAGAGUAGAUCUGCCUGUGGAUUCUGGAUCCUAGAUGUACAGAUUCCA